UUUUUUUUCAGAAUAAAAAUACUAAAAUGUAAGAAAGAACAGUAAAAAAUUGAGUUGUCUCAGUAAUAUUUUUUCUUGGAGAAAAUUGAAUGGCUUCUCCAAAAGUUAGUUUGAUUGUGUCAGAGCAGCAGAGUAGACUUUGGGUAGAAAUAUAUACGUUCUUUUCUAAUCGAGAGUAUACAAAUUUUUAGAAUCCCUGAGCCUUGAGAGUUACAGAGAAAGGAGAGAAAACUGAUUCCAAUGUCAGGAAGUCCUUCAUCAGUCGCCGUGUCUACUUCUCUGACUAAGUACGAUGUGUUUCUCAACUUUAGAGGAGAAGACACCCGUGAAAACUUCAUCGCUUACCUUUAUGCAGAGCUGCAGAGGAAGCACAUCGAAGCAUAUAUUGAUUACAGACUACAAAGGGGCGAAGAAAUUUCACCUGCACUACAAACUGCAAUAGAAGAAUCAAAGAUCUAUGUCCUGGUUUUCUCUGAAAACUAUGCAUCUUCGACGUGGUGUUUAAAUGAACUGACUAAAAUACUGGAGUGCAAGAAGAAAUAUGGAAGGGAUGUGAUACCCGUUUUCUACAAGGUGGAUCCAUCAACUGUCAGGAAGAAGGAAGAGAGAUACAAAGAAGCAUUCGAAGAACAUGAACUGCGGUUUAAGGGAGACAUGGACAAAGUGCAAGGAUGGAAGGAUGCUCUAACCGAAGCUGCUGAACUCUCCGGCUGGGAUUCAAAAGUAACCAGGUCAUUAUAUUUGUUAAAAGCACUUUUUCAACUUUUUCAGAUAUUUAGGAUCUCUUUUCAUUUACUGUAA